AUGGGUAAACACAACAGUAAGCUGGCUCCGGAGGUCCUGGACGACCUGACCAAGAGCACGGAAUUCAACGAGGUGGAGCUCAAGCAGUGGUACAAAGGCUUCCUCAAGGACUGUCCCUCUGGCAUCCUCAACCUGGAGGAGUUUCAGCAGCUCUAUGUGAAGUUUUUCCCAUACGGUGACGCCUCCAAGUUCGCCCAGCAUGCGUUUCGGACAUUUGACAAGAACGGUGAUGGGACCAUUGACUUCAGGGAGUUCAUUUGUGCCCUGUCCAUCACCUCCAGAGGCAGCUUCGAGCAGAAACUCAACUGGGCCUUCAACAUGUAUGAUCUGGACGGGGAUGGAAAGAUCACACGCAUGGAGAUGCUUGAGAUCAUAGAGGCCAUCUACAAGAUGGUGGGCACGGUGAUCAUGAUGCGUAUGAACGAGGACGGGCUGACUCCUCAGCAGCGCGUCGACAAAAUCUUCUCCAAGAUGGACAAAGACCACAAUGAUGAGAUCACCCUGGACGAGUUCAAAGAGGCCGCCAAGUCUGACCCGUCCAUCGUCCUACUGCUGCAGUGUGACAUGCAGAAGUAG